UAUGCAGUGGCUCAUUACACCAAUUUCAAAAUAUCGGCCUGUAUUUUAAGGCCAACGCAACCUUAGCUAAACUCAACUUUGGUAAUUUCUAUUUUUCAGUAGUGCCUGGGGUGCCUCGUCCAGUUGACCUGUGUUUUCUUCUCACAGGGUGGACGGCAUUGUACCUCGGAUUCCUGUAGUCGCCCUUCUCCCCUCGCGCCCUCAGGGUCGUAGCCUGACGCACUCCGGGAGGACCGGCCUGCUUCACCACUGACACUUUCAGCCAGAGAGAGAAAGACAACUUUACAUUUCCAGAGACUGCGGUGCUCCCGGGGGUUCACUUUGAUAGUCGUCUCAUCCACUGUAUUUGCUUAUUUAGAUAUUCAGCACCGGUUGUCAACGGAGAUCAAGCCGUUUGGAAAUCAAGUAGGACUAGAGGGAGGAUAUCAUGUUUAAAGCUGUAGAUGCGGGAUAAAGUUGUCAGUAAGGGCGGAAAAGGAAUAGGCUACAGUAUCGACUGGAUAGCUUUGGUUAAAGGUUUGUAAAGUCCCCUUGGCGUCGGGAUGAACAUGGGUACCUUGCGCGACCUCCAAUACGCGCUGCAGGAGAAGAUUGAGGAGCUGCGGCAACGGGACGCGCUCAUUGACGAGCUAGAACUGGAGCUUGACCAGAAAGACGAGCUAAUACAAAAACUACAGAACGAGCUGGAUAAAUACCGGUCCGUUAUCAAACCGGCCACCCAACAGGUCGUCAAACAAACUGAGCUGCACGAGCACCAGCGGACUAAGAGACAGGCGAUUUCUGCGGAACCCACCGCCAUCAACAUCCAGGAUCUUAGCCAUGUCAGGCUGCCUUUCUACCCCAAAAGUCCACAGUCCAAAGACCUGAUCAAGGAUUCCAUCUUGGACAAUGACUUCAUGAAGAACCUGGAGCUGUCUCAGAUCCAGGAGAUCGUGGACUGCAUGUACCCUGUGGAGUAUGGCAAAGACAGCUGUAUCAUCAAGGAGGGCGAUGUGGGCUCACUGGUCUACGUCAUGGAAGAUGGUAGGGUGGAGGUGACAAAGGACAGUGUGAAGCUGUGCACAAUGGGACCCGGGAAGGUGUUUGGAGAGCUGGCCAUCCUCUACAACUGUACCAGGACAGCAACCAUCAAGACUCUCACCAAUGUGAAGUUAUGGGCCAUCGACCGACAAUGCUUUCAGACUAUUAUGAUGAGGACGGGCCUAAUCAAGCACACUGAAUACAUGGAGUUUUUAAAAAGCGUUCCAACGUUUCAUGAACUUCCGGAGGAGAUUCUAAGCAAGCUAGCUGAUGUCCUUGAAGAGACACACUAUGAGGAUGGAGAGUACAUCAUCAGACAGGGAGCCACAGGAGACACCUUCUUUAUCAUCAGUAAGGGAAUGGUGAAUGUGACCAGGGAAGACAAGUCCAACGGGGAUCCUGUCUACCUCCGCAGCAUGGGGAAAGGAGACUGGUUUGGAGAGAAGGCCCUGCAGGGGGAGGACAUCAGGACAGCAAACGUCAUCGCUGCAGAGACCGUUACAUGUCUGGUCAUUGACAGAGACUCGUUCAAGCACCUGAUUGGAGGGUUGGAGGAGGUGUCCAGUAAAGGCUGUGAGGAUGCUGAGGUCAAGGCUAGAAUAAUUCCAUCCCAGGUUGUGCAGUUGGACUCAAGGUACGAAGCAGAGAAUUCUUUCUUCUCCAACAUCAGCCUGGUUGACUUCAACAUCAUCGACACACUGGGGGUUGGUGGCUUUGGCCGUGUAGAGCUGGUUCAGCUGAAAAGUGAUGAGGUGAAGACGUUUGCCAUGAAGAUCCUGAAGAAGCGUCACAUUGUGGACACGCGACAGCAAGAGCAUAUUCGCUCUGAGAAACUCAUCAUGCAGGAGGCCCACUCUGACUUCAUUGUCAGACUGUACAGGACGUUUAAGGACAGUAAGUACCUCUACAUGCUGAUGGAGGCUUGUCUGGGAGGAGAGCUGUGGACCAUUCUUAGAGACCGGGGUUCGUUUGAGGAUUCAACCACCAGGUUCUACACAGCGUGUGUUGUGGAAGCAUUCGCUUACCUGCAUUCCAAAGGCAUCAUCUACAGAGACCUUAAACCAGAGAACCUUAUACUGGACCACAGGGGCUAUGCCAAGCUAGUGGACUUUGGCUUUGCCAAGAAGAUCGGGUUUGGGAAGAAAACGUGGACGUUCUGUGGAACACCAGAAUACGUGGCACCGGAGAUCAUUCUGAACAAAGGCCACGACAUCUCAGCUGACUACUGGUCUCUAGGAAUCCUCAUGUUUGAGCUCCUCACCGGCAGCCCUCCCUUCUCUGGCCCUGAUCCAAUGAAGACAUAUAACAUCAUCCUGAGGGGCAUUGACAUGAUCGAAUUUCCAAAGAAGAUCACCAAAAACGCUGCCAACUUAAUAAAAAAACUAUGCAGGGACAAUCCUUCGGAAAGACUAGGCAACUUGAAAAACGGUGUCAAAGACAUCCAAAAGCACAAAUGGUUUGAGGGCUUUAACUGGGAAGGUCUAAGGAAAGGAACGCUGACACCCCCCAUCAUCCCUAAUGUGAUAUCACCAAUGGACACGAGUAACUUUGACAACUUCCCAGAGGACAAGGAAGACCCGCCCCCAGAUGACAAUUCUGGCUGGGACAACAAUUUUUAAAAUGUCACCCCCACCCCCAAAACUGAAUUAGCUUAUGUCAUUGGCCUGGGGGCCUACUUCAGGAUAUAGCUGAAUUCUAAAGACUGCGAUACAGAGGAAGUGGAGGGGAGGAGAGGAAGAGGACAAGAAAACACUCUGGGUCAGCAAUAUGUCUUCGCUACAUGUGGCUCUGGGACUAGCAUGUAAUGACCGUAGUACUUCCUCAGGGUUCUCACACAUAUGCACAUGCAAGCAAAUACACAAGCACGCACGCACGCACGCACGCACACACACCACACCCACACACAAACACACGAGGCAAGUCCUGGAGCUAAAACAAUGCCUAUUUAUUUAGCAGAGAGAGUGUGUGAGAAUGAGAGUAUGUACAAUAUACAGCCCAAAAUAAAAGGAAACACCAACAUAAAGUGUCUUAAUAGGGUGUUGGUCCACAACAAGUCAGAACAGCUUCAAUGCACCUUGGCAUUGAUUCCACAAGUGUCUGUUGGAGGAAUGUGACAUCAUUCUUCUACGAAAAAUUCCAUAAUAAGAGGUUUUGUUGAUGAUGGUGGGAAAUGCUCCAGAAUCUCACAUAAGUGUUCAAUUGGGUUGAGAUCUGGUGACUGAGACAACCAUGUCCCGAGUGGCACAGCGGUCUAAGGCACUGCAUCUCAGGGCUAGAGGUGUCACUACAGACACCCUGGUUAGAAUCCAGGCUGUAUCACAACCGGCCGUGAUUGGGAGUCUCAUAGGGUGGUGCACAAUUGGCCGAGUGUCGUCAAUGUUUGGCCGGUGUAGGCCGUCAUUGUAAAUAAGAAUUUGUUCUUAGCUGUCUUGACUAGCUAAAUAAAAAUAAAUAAAUAUGGUUUACAUCAUUUUCAUGCUUAUCAAACCAGUCAAGAACCACUCAUGCCCUGUGGAUGGGGGCAUUGUCAUCCUAUGGGGGCAUAGCCAUGGUCUGCAAAAUAAUGGCCUCCCCAGCAUUUUUAUACAUGACCCUAAGAAUGAUGGGAUGUUAAUUGCUUAAUUAUAUCAGGGACCACACCUGUGUGGAAGCACCUGGUUUCAAUAUACUUUGCAUCCUUCAUUUACUCAAGUGUUUCCAUUAUUUUGGCAGUAACUUGUAUAUGAGAGUAUGUGAGUGUAAGAACACUACAAGGACCAAUAAAACAAGUCAAAUUUA